CCCUUUAUACUCAUUCAAUCCGCUCCCAUAUUCAGACUCAUAUCAUACCUUAAAAACCAUGGCUUCUAAAUUUUCUUCUAAAAAUUCCCAAGCUCUGUUUUUUGUAAUUGCCCUUUCAUUUGUUUUUUCUUCGUCUGUGGCUGAUAAUGUUUCUUCCUCUAACUCAAUUUGUGAUUCAACCCCCUAUCCUUCCUCAUGUAUCUCCUCUCUUCCGACAAAUUACAACACUACCAACGCCAAUGUCUAUAAGGUUUGCCAGUUCUCCAUCCGUAAAUCCAUGUCAAAUGCUCGCAAGUUUAAGUUGUUGAUUGAGAAAUAUCAGAAACCAUCUUCAGCAUUAACACCUGGGGCAAUCCGGGCUCUUGAAGAUUGCCAUUUACUUGCUGAUCUCAACAUGGAUUUUCUGACUAGUUCAUUGCAGUCAGUAAGCACCAAAGAUUUAUCUUCUUCCAGAAUCGAAGAAGUACAAACCCUACUCAGUUCCAUUUUAACAAAUACACAGACUUGUUUAGAUGGCCUUCAAGAGACAGCAUCAACUUGGAGCCAGAAAAAUGGCAUCUCCACCCCUCUCGCAAAUGAUAAUAAACUUUUCAGUGAUUCUUUAUCUCUAUUCAACAAAGGUUGGGGACAUAAUAUGAAUGAAGGAACGUCUUAUCCUUCAAAGAAGCGGCUAUCAGGAUUUAAAAAUAGCCAGUUACCUUCAAAAAUGUCAAGCAAAGACAGAGCCGUCUUUGAGAGAAUUGGCAGAAAGCUUCUGCAAACAGACGAUGGUGCUGAUGAGAUUCCAAUAAGUGACCUGGUCAUUGUCAAUAAAGAUGGAAGCGGGAAUUUCACCACCAUUAAUCAAGCUUUGGCGAUAGCUCCAAAUAACUCACUAGCUAGUGAUGGAUAUUUUCUGGUUUAUGUUGUUGCAGGGGUUUACGAAGAAUAUAUUACUAUCCCCAAAAACAAGAAGUACUUGAUGAUGAUCGGUGAUGGCAUUAAUCAGACUGUGAUCACUGGCAAUCACAAUGUCGUUGAUGGAUGGACCACGUUCAAUUCCCCUACAUUUGCUGUGGUGGGACAAGGAUUUGUCGGGGUGAAUAUAACAUUCAGAAACACAGCGGGAGGAAUCAAGCAUCAAGCAGUUGCAUUAAGAAAUGGAGCGGAUCAGUCUACUUUCUAUAGCUGCAGUUUUGAGGGUUACCAAGACACUCUCUACGUGCACUCCCAAAGGCAAUACUACACAGAGUGUGACAUCUAUGGCACGGUGGAUUUCAUAUUUGGUAACGCGGCUGCAGUAUUUCAGAAUUGCAACAUUUAUCCACGACUUCCAUUAGCCAACCAGUUCAAUGCCAUCACAGCUCAAGGAAGAAUUGAUCCGAAUCAGAACACAGGCAUUUCUAUACAAAAUUGUAAUAUCAAAGCUGCUGCUGAUUUGGCUUCAAGCGAUGGAACUACUCAGACGUAUCUAGGAAGGCCCUGGAAACAAUACUCCAGGACUAUUUACAUCCAAUCUUUCAUGGAUAGCUUGAUCAAUCCUGCUGGAUGGCGUGAAUGGUCUGGAGAUUUUGCUCUGAGUACAUUAUAUUAUGCUGAGUUAGGCAACACGGGACCUGGAUCAGUAACUAAGGAACGAGUUACAUGGCCUGGAUUUCACAAAAUUAGUGGUAAGGAAGCGGCUAAUUUUACAGUAUCCAAGUUCCUGCUAGGAGAUGAUUGGUUACCACAGACGGGAGUGCCAUACUCCGGUGGCUUAUAAUAUAACCACAUCUGCACUAAAUUAUAGAUUGUAUGUGGACAACUGGUAUUAAUUUCUUAUGUAAUCUAGG